UAAUCUUUGUAAAAAUAUUAAAAUUUUGGUAUCAUGGUGUAAUUUUUAAUUAUGUGGUGUGUAUUUCAUCAUUGACCGGCUGCGGUCACACUGCAAAGUCUCUGGCAAUAGCUACAUUUUAAACGCUUUAGUCUGUUUUAAGUAAACCUAAAGUGCAAAAAUGUGAACGCGCUUAUAUGUUAACGCGACAGUUAAGCAAAUAAUAAAGGACACAAGCCAACCAAAAGUCUUAUUAAGUUUUUAUUCGCAGUGUUGACCAAACCAUAUAUACACAUACUCUUACACAUACUUAAACAUUUAGUCUAAAUUUGAUUUGUUGGGCCAUUGCAUUUGAAAUUGCCGAAAAAAUGUAAAUGCCACACGCAAACAAGUUUUUGUAACAAGCUACAAAAGGAGGAGUGUACAAAUUAAUUGAUGUGCGUGUGCAAACAAAAAAAAAAAUUAAAUAAAUAAAAAACUAAUAAAUCUAAACAAACAAUUCUAACAAAUUGAUUUAAAAAAAAAGGAAACAAAUUAUAGUCUAGUUACCAUGUUGCAUAAAAUUGAUGAAAAUGCCGCGCCAACUGUAACGUCAACACCAACAACAACAACAGCAACAACAACAAGUACAACAAUUAUGGCCCCGGCAGAAACAACUGGCAAUGGAACGGAGCCAACUAUUUCAACGCACCUUGCAAAUGCGACAGCAACAAUAGAACCAACAACAACAACAACCACAGCGACGGCUGAACAAGAAACAGUCGCUGCGGUUGUUGUAGCUGCUGCCGCCAACGCUGCUGUCGCCGUCGCAGCAGCAGCAGCAGCUGCUGAGGGUCAAGCAACAGAAACAGCAACAGCAACAAUGACAGUGACAGCCAACAAUAUACCGACGCCAUUGCCGCUGUCAGCUGCAGCGGCAGAGCACACUGAAUUAGCGACAACAGCUGAUGUCGCUGCCGCUAACUCUGCCUCUGCCGCUAGGUCUGCCAGCGAGCACCAGCCUGAGGCAGAGCCAGAGCCAGAGCCAGCAGCAUUCGAUGUUCAGAUGCGUACGCAGCAACAACAGAAAAUAAGAAUUUAUCACGGCGCCAAACAGAGCGCAGUAUGGAGAACCGAUUCGCUCGCUUCCAAUUCGAGCAGCUCAAACCGAAGCGAGGCCGGAUCGACCGAAGCUAUGGCCACCAGCAGAGCCCACAGCGGCUACUCGACAGCGCCCAGUCUAUUGCAGCGCAAAUUCUCGGACAGCUCAUUUAAUGCAGCAACGAUGCCGCGCCGCGUCUCAUUCCCGGAAAGUGAUAAGGAGCUUGUCACCGGAUAUCUUGAGCCGGCCAAUCCAUGGGAAAAAGUCUGCCAGGUGUCUAGCAUUGCUGAGAUCUCCGAGCUGUAUGUGAAAUCCUGUUACAAGCAUCACACACAGCCGCUGAAGAACAUCAUGGAGCACCUAAAAGCGCUGGAUUUGCACCUGGCGCGGCAGCCGCUGCUAUCGCUAAAAGGCAUUCAGCUGACGCCCAAUGAUUGCGAGCCGCUGGAGGAGAUAUUCAUGCGGAUUCAAUACAAAGCCAUCGAUUUAUCAGAGUGCCCGUUGAACGAGAGCUGCCUGAGCGCACUCUGCCAGAUGAUUGAGUACUAUGAGGCUGCCAAUGAAUUGGAUAUCUCGUACAACAAGGAGCAGAUGACGGUCCGUGGCUGGGGACUGUGCACACAUAUGGUGGGUCGCAGCCAGGAGCUGCAGAUGCUCAAUGCUGAGGGCAACCAGAUAUCAAAGGUGGGCGCCGAGAAUUUGGGAACCGCGUUGAGUCUUUCCAAUCUGCAUACGCUCAAGCUGGAGCAUUGCGGCCUCAAAGGACCUCCACUCACCAAUUUUUGCUGCAAGCUGUACCACAACAAAAUACUGAAGGAGCUGUGGCUGGGCUACAAUGAUUUGGAUUGCACCGAUGCUCAGCAUAUUGCGGACAUGCUGCGCUUCAACCACAGCAUCGAGCUGAUUGACAUUAGCAACAACAACAUACGCGACGAGGGCGCCAUGUACCUGGUGCAGGCGCUCAUCCUGCAGGCCACCGAGCUGGAGCGUCGCAGUGGCUUGCCGCUGCAGCGAGCGCGAGCCAUUGAGGACGACGAGCUGGUGUCGCCCAUGGAGACAACGGCGUCGGCGCAGUUAGCAGGCCGCAGCGAGCAAUGCAGCAACCAAAUACAGUCGGAGGCACAUGCGAUUGACCCCAGCACAACGCCAAAAGCCAUUGAUGUCCUGGAAACUGUUGUCGAGCAGCAGCCAGCAGCAGGGACAGCAGCAGGAGCAGCAGCAGCUGAAGAGCCGAGCACCAGUGAACCAGCCGUUGCCCUGCUUGUGGAUGUGGACAACGAUGCGGACGAUGACAAUACAGAGACAGACACGGUGCGCACUCUGAGGAGCGGCAAUCAGAGUGCAACUGGGCAAUCCAUGCUGGACAAAUUGCUCUCGAUGAACAGCGACAGCAGCAGCGAGGAGGCGCCAUCCAAUAUAUCCACCGAUACACUAGCCGCCUGCUGCUCCGAGGACAUUAGCGAGAUCACCAAUGAUGUCUACGAUGCUGCUGGCAAAUUGCAAUCAGCAGCAGCAGCAGCAGCCACAGCAUCCACAGAUGAGUCCACAACGACGCUGGUUGAUCCAAUUCUGGACCAACUAACUCCAUCAAUCCAGCAACAGCAACAGCAAAGUUCCCAAAAUGAACGCAACUUAUGUGAUAUUACUCCCUCAACAGAGGCUAAAACCGUUGAACCCAAUGAAACCUGUGUACAGAAUAACAAUGCUAAUUCCCACAAUAACAACAACAACAACAACAGCAACAGCAACAGCAACAACAGCAACCAUAACCAUAAUAAUAAUCCUGUAAUACUUAACCAAAUAGCUGCGACUGAGGUAGCAACAGUCGCCGUUAGUUCAAGCGGUGCCGCAUCCAUUUUUGAGGUGACCGCCGAGGAGAGCGACUGCAUCAAUGGCAUGGCAGGGCCGAGCGGUUCGCGGCCGCUGGACAUGAAUAAGAAUGCCAAGAAUGCUGGCGAUGAUUUCGAGGAUACGCACAGCACAGAUUCGGCAUUCGAGAGCGCCUCGGAGGGCGACAUCAGUCGCCAUUUGCCGGAUGAGUUUAGUCGUCUGUCCGUGUCGCUGGAGAGCACGCGGCUGGAUGACAUGGCCAAGGAGAUGGCCAUUGAGACGGCGACCAUAGCCAGUGAGUCCACCGAGUGCCUGCUGGUCGCCGAGGAAGCAGCCACGCCCGCCUCCACGCCCACGCCAGUUGUACACAUGCAGCCGCAGCCGCAGCUGGAGACACCCGAAGUGAUUGUGGCGACGGUGCCCAAGGUAACGAUUGCGGCCAAAGAGAAGGAGCCCAGUGCCAGUCCAUGUCCGAGUCCAACACCGACACCGCCGCCGCCAUCGACAUCUCCGGGCGGCGUCAGCAGCGGCCUGCGUCGCACCGAAUCCAGCUGUGCCUAUCUCAAUCAGUCGACGCGCAAUCGCUCCCAGAGCUCGGAUAGUCUGUGCAGCGAGAACUCGUUGGACGGCAGCACAAGUGCAGCCGAUCCGCAUCUGGCCGAGAAGCUGACCAAGAACGAUACAUUGUCGCGUCGCCAGCUGGUCGAUGCCACACUGGAGGCGGCCAAUCGUGCGCCCAGCGGCCUCAAGGCGCUCGCCCUGUGGAGCAACAAUCUGACCAAGGAGUGCGGCCCCUGCAUUGCCGAGCUACUCUCGCGCAGCUCCUCGCUGGAGCUGCUCAACAUUGGCAAGAACUGUUUGUCCAAUGAUUUUGUGGCCACCAUCAAGGACAGUCUGACCAGGAACACAACGCUCACCACGCUCGGCCUGCAGAGCGCCCAUCUCAGCGCCAAGGGCAUCGAGACGCUCGCAUCCAUCCUGACCUUUGGCGGCAACAGCAAAUUGCAGCGCAUCGAUAUACGUGACAAUAAACUAGAGGUGGAAAGUCUGAACAUAAUUGCCGAGGUGCUCAAGUCCAACAAGACGAUCACCCAAAUUGAUAUCAAUGAUGAGCCCAAGCGUCUAACGUUACCCAUUGUGCCGAUAGUAAAAGUUGUGCCGCCAACGCCAAUGGCCCAGGAUAGCAUUGGCAGCGAUGCGCAUUUGGAUUAUACGCGAGUACUGGGCACAGUGCGCUCCAUGUGCUCGCGCAAUGAGAAAAUGCAGGCGGAGGAGCUGGAGCUGGCGGAGAAGGCGGCGAACGUGGGCGGCAGCAGCAGCAGCAACAACAACGCCGGCAGCAACAGCAGCAGCAGCAAUGGCGCCAUUGGCGGAUCGGGCAUCAAGAAUCGGUGUCGCGGCGGUUACUACUUGGGCUCGCGGAAGAUUUCGCUGACGUGCCACAGUCGGCCGCUGGUGGACGCAGCGACUGGCACUGUGUCCGCUGCGCUAGCAGUAACCGCAAUGCCGACACCGGCUGCCAAACUGGAGGUGAAGCGCAAGACAAAUGCGCGUCUGCGCUCACCGGGUCCCAGUCCGCCCACGAUAUCGCCGUCCUCCUCGCCGAAUCGCAGCCGCUUUCAUGUGUCGCGCGUCAACGAGAUUAGCAGCCCGUUGACCUCGCCCCUGGCCCAGAUGCCGCCCCAGCAUCCGCCGACGCCGCGCUCCGCCAGCAGCUGCAUGUCCAUACCGACAGCCAGCGGAGUCAGCAGUAGCAGCAGCAGCAAUGGUGGCAUCGGUGCCGGCGGGCUGCUGGGCAGCCAGAGCAGCCUUUGUGCCAUGGCCGUGCUGCCGUUGCCCACGUCCAGUUCGCUGCCAUCGAUGGCAUCGGUAACCUCAUCCACACAGACCGUUAAGCGGCUGUCCGUGUCGCCGCGUUCGCGCUUUCAUGUCUCGAGGAUCUACGAAGAUCCGCAGACGCCACCGAUACACUUGCCGCCAACGCCGAUGCUGAAGUCGGCACGCAAGGCAGCCGCCGCCGCCGCUCAGCUGGCUGAGGCAACAACAACAACAACAAUCACAGCAGUUGAACCCGAACCCACAUUAUCCGCCAGCACAAUGACAACGGCGGCAACAACCACAGCGAUGCCCAUCAGCAGCGUGAUUAUUGUGGAGCCAUCACCCACCGUCGCGGACAAUGACAACAAUGCACACCAACAAAGUACAAAUGGGAUGGAGCCGGAGGAGGCAGCUAUACAGAAGCUGUCCCCCAACUCGCCCAGCACCUCAUCCAGUUCAUGCAGCACCUCGCCCGUCUCCGUGUCCAGUGCAACAAGCAGCACCAGCAGCGCCAGCAACGUGACCACCGACAACACGGAUAACUCCGGCAGCCCGGAGGAGCCGGCUACCAUUGUUGUUGCCAAGAGCUGUCCCAUUGCCGUCUUUGGGGACAACGAUAUAACGCUCACCAAGGACUCGGCCGCCGGUGCGGCGCUCUCGGCAGCUGCCUCAAUCAGCACGGAUGCCGGCAAUCCUCCCGCAGAGUCCACACCGACUGCAACGGGGCAGCAGCAGCAACAGCAGCAGCUACAACAACCGGCGACACGUGCACGCAAAUCCUCGUGGAUAGCCAAUCCAACGACUGUGGACAAGCUGCUCACCCUAUUCAAUCCGAGCGCCAUUUUUCAGCGCAGUUCUUCGCCGGAAUCAAAGGCGGCUCCAGCUUCAGCUGUGGCUCCGCUCACAAAUAACGCACAGAAUAUAACAACAACAACAACAACAAAUGCCACAACAGGCGGCAGCGGUGACGUCAACGUGACGCUGUUGGCGACACGCAAAACAACGCCGCCAUCGCGAGGCAACGGCGGCAGCAACAAUGCGACGACGACAGCAGCAACAGCUGCAGGAGGAGCGGGGUCGACGGGCUCGUUGGCGACAGGAGCAUCGGGAUUGGAGACGGGCGCCGGCAGCAGCUCAUUCCUGGACACAGCGUCGCGUCAGCUGCGUGACUUUGGGAAGCAGGUGUUCCGCCAGAACCUCUCGUUCAAUAACAGCGGGGAUGGGAUGGGCGCUGCGGCGCAGCUGGAUGUCAAUCCCAGUGCGGUGGCCAUGGCGACAUCGCCAAUAUUGAGCAAUGUUGCCGAGUCGCCAUCGCCUCCAGAAUGCAAUGCAGUGCACAUGCCAUUGAGCCUGAAGCGUGAGCUCAAGGAGAACAUUUCGCCGGAGCAUACCAUUAACGAGGAGACACUGCAUACGCUCCAGAAGCUGUCGCGCGUCGAGGAUAUGACGCUGAAGGCCGAGGCUGCUGCCGAGCUGGGCGACAUUGAGAUUGUGAUGCACAGCGAGGUGUCCGAUAUGCCGGAAACGGAGCAGCAGCAGCAGCAGCAGCAACAGCCGGCGCAGCAGCAGCAGCAGCAGCCACAGCAGGAGGAUCUGGGGGCUGGUUUAGGUCAUUAAAUACUUAACCCAAUAAAAGCAACAAAAAUGACGUGUGCAAUUUGACAAUGUUGAGCAGGAAAGGCAGCAAUAGCAAACACCCACCUUGGCAAUAUCCCUGACUCUCUCUCUCUCCCUCCUCACUUUUCCCCACUCUCCCUCUCACUCUCUUUCGCUAUCUCUUUGUAGCCCACCCUCUGUCAAAACACCAAAAGCAAGGAUAUAUCCUACUGCUUCUCCUCGGCCCAACCCAACCCAACUCACACACACACACACACACACAAAAUACUGUAACAAUAAGAAA